AUGUCUUCCUAUCACCAGAACCCUCCUUCGCGGCUAGCUAAGACAGCGAAAGGAAUCCAAUGGAACUCUUGGUCUCUCGGCGCUGCCACAGUGCUUGCCGGUCUUACGGCGCAGAGCUUGCUUGCUUCUGGGCCUGUCCCCAAGCCAAGCCCCUCGAUUGAGUCGUGCUUGGGCAACGUCUGCGCCGGCAGGACAGAUUGCGUCCAGUUCCCCAACCAAAAGAACGCCAGCAAGGCUACUUCUUGGAUGGCUCCGUUCAACCUGGGCCAGAUUGUCACUCCCACCGCCAUCGUGAGACCCAAGGAUGCCCAAGAGGUCGCAAGCGUUGUGAGAUGCGCCAUCAAGCAUGGUGUCAAAGUUCAGGCAAAGUCAGGAGGCCAUGGAUGGGGAAACCACGGCCUCGGAGGUGAAGAUGGUGCCAUAUCGGUAGACAUGGAGCACUUCCAAUACACCCAAGAUGCUGGAACGAACAACAUCCGGGUUGGCGGUGGCACAAGACUAAGCCAAAUCGACGAACACCUGAGCGGCGCCCAGCGAGCCAUCCCUCAUGGAAUGUGCAUGGGCAUCGGAAUUGGCGGCCAUGCUACUGUGGGUGGCCUAGGUCCAAUGUCUCGCAUGUGGGGUACCACCCUCGAUCACGUAGAGGAAGUUGAGGUCGUCACGGCGAACGCGACUAUUGUCCGCGCGAGCUCCAAGGAGAACUCCGACCUUUUCUUCGCUAUGAGAGGAGCCGGCGCAGGAUUUGGCAUCGUCACCGACUUCGUCAUGAGAACUCGCCGGGCGCCAUCAAGCGCUCUUCACUUCAACCAGAGUUUCUCCUACAGCCACCCUAAAGAAAUCGCCGAGGUUCUCCUCACCUGGCAAUCUAUCGCCACCGACCAAACCCUCGACAAUCGCUUCAGCACGGAGAUGGUAUUCGGUCCUUCGGGAGCUCGCAUCUCCUCGACCUGGUUCGGCUCAGAGGCAGAGCUCUACCAGACUGAUAUUCUCAACCGCGUUCAGUCCAUCGGUGGAUCUCUCGCCACUCGUCAAGAAACCUGGAAUGGUUCUCUUGCCCGUCUUGCUGCCGAGGAGGCCCUUCAUACGGCACCCACCCCGAACAAGCUUUAUUCAAAGAGUUUGGGCUUGAGCAGCAGCCACAUUUUGUCCAAUUCAGAGAUUGCCAGUCUUCUCGCAAGUCUUCCGGCUGAGCUUAUGGCUGAAGAUUGGUCCAUCAAGUUUCAAGCAGCAGGUGGUGCUGUUGCGGAAGUCCCUGUUGGCAGCACAGCCUACGCUCACAGGGACAAGGUCAUGUUCUACCAAUCCUAUGCACCUGACGCUUUGAACACUACUCGCGCCAGCCUUGGAGAUUUCCACAGGAAGCUGUUGAAUACUCUUCCUAACGCUGCUGGCACCUACCCAGGGUUUGUGGACGCGGAGCUGAGAGCCCCUCAAAGUUCAUACUGGGGGUCUGGUCUUGCUGUUCUGGAAGAAAUCAAGGCACAAUGGGAUCCGGAGGAUGUAUUCCACAACCCCCAGAGUGUUGCCGCGCGAGUUUAA